AUGGAAAACAUCACUGAAGUGAUGGGCCUGUUGGACGAGUAUCAAAUGUUUGAAUGUUUAGAAGUGUGUGGCAAGUACAUGGAGCAACAUUUGACACCUGAAGAUAUCUGUUGGGCAUAUGAUUGGUCAAUUCACUACAGUAUGGACGGGCUGAAACAGUUUUGUGAGCGAAAAAUCAGCAUUUGCCCGGAAACAGUGUUCAAAACCAAAGGAUUUCUUACGUGCGAGUACAAUAUUUUAGAACGCAUUGUGAAGUUGGAGUCACUUACAUGCUUUGAAACCUCUGUACUGGAGGCUUGCUUAGAUUGGGCCCGAAAUGCUUGUGAACGAGAUGGAUUGGAUUCGCCACGAAUGGAAGACCUACGAAAUCGUUUAAAGGAUUUACUUUAUGAAAUCCGUUAUGGUUCAAUUGAUGUCAUAGACUUUAUUAAAUUCAUUAAUAAGUAUCCCAAACUUUUCACAAAACCAGAAGAUUAUGAAGAAAUCAUUCGCUUAACAAAUGGCCAAAAGGACUUAAAAACCGAUCACUUCAAAGCAUACCCAAGAUCAGCAAACAAAUUUGCAUGGAAUGCUGCGCAGGUGCUGAAAUGCAAUUUAGGAGCAAAUGUACGGGAAUAUCGUCAAGCGUAUAUAUCUGCAUCGGGAAGUUCAACUAUGUUUACAUCCAAUCAGCCCAUGUUAUUGGGUGGAUUUCAUUGUGCAAGCAUUAUGAAUGCAAAUUCGUUCCGUUUUCAUGAUGGAUCACAUGAUAUUGAAAUAACCAUUACGGAAAUAUAUAAAAAUGCCAAGAGAACC